AUGACGAAUCACCUGGAAACGCUCGACCCGGGAAUCGUGAACCGACCGGGCGGGUUCGACAGGAAGUGCUCCUUCCCCAUGCCCAAUGUGGUGGAAGAGGGGAAGAUGUAUUGCCAUUACUAGGAGGUGGAACUUGGGGGAAAUGACAAGAUUGAGUUUGGCGACGGGUUCAUCGGGAUAAUUGCCGAGUGCACGCCGGAAUUUUCGUUUGCCUACCUUUAAAAAGAUGCGUUCAUUAGUACUUUGUUGAUCAUCGUGGCCAUGGGGCAGAUCUGAGGGGUGGGGAUGGAGGAAAUGGAGGAGGUGGAGGCGAUGGAGAAGGUGGAGAAGAUGGAGAAGAUGGGAAUGGUGAUGAGUCGGGAUUAUUUGGGAGGAUUAUUAAGGAGCAGAUCAAUUCCCUUAAAAGGGGGAUGUUGGUUGGCUAG